AUGUCUUCCUUUGUCACAAAUCGUGCGAAGAAUAUGGUGAGUGCUUUACUAGAGAAGCAUGCAUCAAACAACCCAUCGAAUACAUGGAAGCAUGCGCUGAAUUGUUUGAGUCGAGACCGCGAACUACUUUCCGAAUCUCAAGUCACUACUGAGCCAGCGCGUGAACAAGAAAGUGCCAACGACUCCACCUUUGGUUCUGAUGUAUCCUUUUAUGCAUCUCAUUCAGAUGCAGCUGACACUGAUAGGGAGAGCGACUUAGCGGCCAUUGUAUCGGAUGCGAAUACGAUUGCUAGCCAACAGACGCUUCCGGUCGACACUACUGCAGAUUGA